AUGGCUCCCGCAAAGAAGGGUCAUGAGAAGAAAGGCCAUUCUGCCAUCAGCGAGGCAGUGACCCGUGAAUGCCCCACCCACAUUCUCAAGCACAUCCAUGGAGUGGGCUCCAAGAAGUGCGCUCCUUGGGCGUUCAAAGAAAUGAAGGAAGAAAUGGGGACUCCAGAUGUGCACAUUGACACCAGGCUUGGUAAAGCCAUCUGGGCCAAGGGAAUAAGGAAGGUUCCCUAUCGCAUCCGAGUACAUUUGUCCAGAAAAUGUAAUGAGGAUGAGGAGUCACCAAACAAGCUCCACACAUCGGUAACCUACAUGCCUGUUACCACAUUCAAAAAUCUCCAGAUGGUCAAUGUGGAUGAGAAGUAACCUGCUGAAUGUCAAAUAAAGUUGCAGAACUGCACAUCUCCCCAAGAAGGAAGCUAAAACAACUCACUUCUAGAAAGAAAGCUGAUUAGACACUGCCUCUUUGGUUACUCACGCGUGUAGAGGGAAAGUCAAGAUUAUAUAUAAGACAUAUUUUGAGUAUAUAUAAAAAAGACAUAUGUCCUAGGUUGCCCAACUGGAGCCACCAUCUGAUGGAUCGUCCAGCUGUUUACAUGACUGAUUCAAAGGCUCUCGACUGUACGAUCACGUGGUUAGGCUGCCUGGAAAUUUCUCCCAUCCCCCUGCCAUCCCCACCCAUUGGUGUCAGCAGUGUUGGGUUUCAAGCACACGAAGAGCUAAUUCUUGUUCAUUUUACAGCCUGGUGACACAGCCCUAGUCUAAUCUUUCCAUCAUUUUCAGUGAAUCUCCUCACCCUUAGGAU